GCAGAGAGAAAAAACACCAGCAGCAGCAGAGGGUGAGGUCUGCAAGGCUCAGUCAGCAGAACCAGAAACAUUACAACUGCGAGGCUUUCUUAUUUUCUGUUUCUGUCAUGCACUGAGGAGCCCUGCGGUUUCCUGCAAAGCUCGUGCGUUGUUGAAAACAGACACCUCGGCUCGAGCAGAAUGGAGAGCUGAAGGAGAUUCCCGAGCUCCCCUCAUAACAACAGGUCCGAUCCACUGAGCCCCAUCUUCACUUCCAAAUCUUUACACAACCGAAAUAAGAGCUGGAGCCGAGACGAUCAAGCAUGGAUGUGCCCCGGAUGGCUGAAGGCCUCUUCAGCAGCACGCUGUCCUCGUCAGGCGGCGGACAUCACGUGUCCUCUUACCUGACGUUGGAGCAGAAGGCGGCCUUCGUCUUCGUGCUGCUGCUCUUCAUCUUCCUGGCGCUGCUCAUCGUGCGCUGCUUCCGCAUCCUGCUGGACCCGUACCGCAGCAUGCCCUCAUCCAACUGGACUGACCACACCGAGAAGGACACGUUCGAUUACCGCAUCGUCUAAGAUGUGCGCAGUAUAUAUACAGUAUAUAAUAGAAGGAAACACACAAGAGACUGAACAAAUGACUGCUAAUUCACCCGGAAAAACCACACCCAUCACCUGAAACUUUGUCUGAUAAGAUGGUGGAUUGACGUCGAAAACGAGCGCUAACAAACAGCUUCUCCCUGCCAAAUCAUAAACAUCUAAACUACAGCAAGACGACCAGAACUAUGCUACGAAUUCUCGAUCAAACCCUCAGUCUAAGCGAUGCAGCGGAGCCAGUUACGGCCACCCAUGACUUCCUUCCCCUUGCAUCAGUUCUCCUGUGGACUACCUCGUUCCUCCUCCAUCUUUGCGUGUGGAAGACUUUCCGCACAUCUCACACAGGGUCAAAUAUCUGUUGCGGUCCAAGCCAGUUGAACAAUAACAGUGUUUACAUCUUAUCAUGUUUACGUCCUUUAGAUUUUUAUUGAUAAUGUAGACAAUCAGUGUUUAAAAUAGUUGGUGAAAAAACAAAGGUAAAUCGUCGAGCUUGAUGCGGUCUUUUCGUUUUGGCGUAUUUUAAUUUGUGGAAGGACACGGGCGGUCCAAAAGUACUUUGUACGACUGAUAUUAUUCAAGAGAAGAGGAAUUUAUUGCCUUAUGUCCAAGUAAGAUAUUCUGUGCUGGUUGUUACCUUCUAGACAGUUAGGUAAGGUUGGUCUUAUCAACGUCUUAAAGCAGGUUAAAUAAUCACGAAGAAGGAAACCGUUCUCCCUUUAAUGUUAAAGGUUCGGGCGGAUAGGUGUUCAGUGUGUGCGUUCAAAAAAAGUCCUUUAAAAUCGAGCGGGACUCUUCGGUGUCCACGUCUUUUAUAUGUCAACAACCAAAAGAGGUGUUGAAGAAAACAACGUUUACUGUGCUGUUACCGUGUGCCUGAUUUGAAACUAGAUUGAUGCUUUAGGAAAAAGAAUGAAAAUGGGUUGUUGUCUUUCUGAUGUCGUUCUUUUGGUUUUCGUUUAGUGCCCAUUUCAAGAAACCUAAACAGCAUUUCACUGCCUGAGGUAUAUUGACAGUUGGUAUGCCAGAUCUGCAGAGAGUUGAUGGUGAAGAUGACGAUGCAUUUUCACAUCAAACCCUUUAAGAGGAGACGGUGAGGCUCUUUCGUUGGGCCAUUUUUUCAACUGUGCGCCUUAUAGUGUAGAUUGUUUACAGUAUCAUAGGUGGCGGAGACGCUGGAACUCAGCCAAUCACUGAUGCGACUGUGUCUUUGCACUUCACGGAGAUACAACCCGCUAAAAAAAGAAGAAGAAGAAGAAGAAAAAACAAAAAACCCCACCCUGCUCUGUCGGGACAGGAAGUGAACUCUGACCCUUUCGACGGCGUGUGAUGUUCUUGUGAUCUGCUGUGGCCUUUUCCAAACCUAUCGCAGAUGUGAUGCGAUAUUGUGCUGAGGUGAUGUGCCCC